GCUGAGGAAAUGAGGCCAUAAAUGAGGUCACGCUGAGGAAAAGGGUGGGAAGCACUGCUCUAGAGAGUCUUAUUCUUUCCCUACCUGACUGAUUUAGUAGGUAAAACAUACUAACCCCAGAAACUAUUAAUUCAUAUUGGUCUGGUUUGCCAGGAAUCCAGCUCAGAAUCCAAAACCUGUACACUUAACAACCAACAAGGCUGGCUAAUACCUCAAUUUAAUAUAUGUUUAAAAAAAAAAGUAGUAAUCAGGCAUGCCCAGUGGACUACUUCAUUAUCUGAGAAGUUAUGUCAUGGCUUUUAUGCAAAAUUGUUUUGAUUUUGCACUGCAUACUACUACUUUUUUUUGUUUUUCCUUUUCAAAUGGUAUGACAUGAUCUUAUUGACCAAGCAAAUCUCUCAUUGUAAAACUCAGGGAAGAAGACUGCAUUAGUUGAUGUUACUAGUGUACAUUAAUCAUCUUGCCAGAAAAUUUGUUAUACAGCUGGUAGCAAAACUCUGCACCUGUCAAAAGAGAUUAGAAAAUACAUGCAGGCUUCUGUGAUGUAUUGUAAGAUAAUUUAAGUUCAAGCACUGAAUAUUUAUUUGAUCUCAUUUAGAAUCUUUUAUAAACAGAACAUAUCGCUGUCUUUAAAGCAUUGUCAUUCCCAAUUUGUUUUCAGCCUUUUUUUUUUUUUUCCAUAUGUGUAGUUUUCAUAUCUCCUAAAAUACAUUUUUCAUUAUCAGGUUGAGUUGGGCAGGUACAUCAAGGUUUCUCUUUGCUACCCUCCCUUAAGAUUUUACUUACUGUACUCAUUUGCCCCAUUACGUUCCAUAAGAUACUUUAUAGUUUUACAAUUCCUGUUCCUGAUACUCCUCCUAUUUUUAAUACUCAGUCAAUCUCUUAGAGUCAGGAAAUAUGUUCACUUUCACAGUAAAAUGUUAAGUCUUUGAGAAAGAAUGUAAAUAGCUGAAAGAGACUGUAGCCUUCUGCAUAGCCAAAUGAAUGUGUUAAAUCUGGAGAAGUAGCUCAGUUUAAAGAUGGAAGUUAUGUUUUUAAUGUAACACUUCUUAAAUAGUGCUGGUUGCAGUGCAUAAUGCCAUGCUGAUAUUGCCUGAAGAGAAGGCCCUGUUAUUUGUUUAAUGUUGGUAUUUCACAAUUUUGUAUGAACUUCAUUAAAGACAUGUAUAAACAAUAGGAAAUGUUAAAUUUCAGAAUAACUUAUUUGAAUUUCUUCCUAGAAGACAGUGGUGAAGACAUGGCUGCUAGUGACAGUAAUGCCGAGAGUGUAAAUCCCGUGCUCAGAAUAAGUCAGCUGGAUGCUCUUGAACUAAACAAAGCCCUGGAGCAAUUGGUUUGGUCUCAGUUUACCAACUGUUUUCAUGGAUUUAAACCAGGGGUGCUGGCACAUUUUGAACCAGAAGUAAAAGCAUUUUUAUGGCUUUUCCUAUGGAGAUUCACCAUCUAUUCUAAAAAUGCAACUGUGGGACAAACUAUUCUGAAUAUUCGGUAUAAAAAUGACUUGUCUCAGACAGAGAAAUACCAGCCAUUGAGCAAACACCAGAAAUUAUGGUAUCUUAUUUGCAGUGUUGGUGGAAGGUGGUUGGAAGAAAGAUGCUAUGAUUUAUUCAGAAAUCGUCACCUGGAGUCUUUCUGCAAAACCAAACUUUUUAUUAAUUUUGUUGCUGGACUUAUAAAAAUUGGUGGACUACUAAACUUUCUGGUCUUUCUUCAGAAUGGAAAAUUUGCAACACUGACAGAACGUAUUUUAAGAAUUAGAUCAGUUUUUUGUAGGCCUCAGAAUGUUCGCCAAAUAGGAUUUGAGUACAUGAACAGAGAGCUUUUAUGGCAUGGCUUUGCUGAAUUUCUAAUCUAUCUCCUGCCUCUUAUUAACAUGCAGAAGCUGAAAGUCAGAAUUUCUUCUUGGUGUUUACCUGUUGCAGGCCUUUCCAAUAGCGAAAACACUUUAGUAAACCAUUGCAAGGAAUGUUCUGUAUGUGGAGAAUGGCCUACUAUGCCUCACACCAUAGGCUGUCCACAUGUUUUCUGCUACUAUUGUAUUAAAAGCAACUAUUUAUUUGACAUGUAUUUUACCUGUCCCAAGUGUGGUAUGGAGGUACACAGUCUUCAGCCAUUGAAAUAUAAAAAUUGAAAUGACAGAAGUAUACUCCCUCUAGAGUUUUUCUGCACUGCACACGAAGUGCACACUUUAUUCUAAAGUGCAGAAUCCUCGGAACCACUGUUAAGUCGAUCUUUUUUAAUUGUUUGUUUAUAGCAGAACUUUUUCUGUGUUAUUUUCAAUAGAUUAAAGUCCAUAUUGCUAUUAAUUUCUAUGUACAAAUGAUAAAGCGUAAUUUAACAAUGAUUCCAAUAUCAGAGGUCAGUGGGACUAUAUUAUUUGUAGUUAUAUACAUAUUUAAUCAUUUUAAUCAGCUGCCUUACAUAAUCAUUAUAGAAAACUUUCAGAUGUUAUAAAGAUAAUUCAUGCAGCAGACUCACCACAUCACCUGAAGAAAAUGGAGAGCUGUAAAGCAGGAAAUAGUAGGAAAAACCUGUUCACAUUCACUCUAUUGUAGACAUGCUUGCAAGUAUGUCAUUCAGUGUCAUUCAGACUUCUUUUUUUUUGCAAAUGUGUGCUGUUAAUCCAGUGUUGUUCAGUCACUUUAAAAUAUGCACAGCAGUAAAUCGUAUCCCAAUGAUUGCUUCAUUUCUCUGGAUACACCAUUUCAGUGAAUGCCCCUUCACCU